AGGCAAGCAAGGGUGAAGGAGCAGCAGGCUGCCCGUAUCAACAACGACAACUACAACAACACCAACAUGGCGGUGUGUCAGUCAUCCGAGACGGACGAGCUUCUGACCUGCCUCCGCGUGCAGCUGUACCACCCCGAGCCACACAGCCUCUUUGUCAACCUGCCCAUGAACCAGAGGCUGCGGCGAGAGGCAGAGGACCCGGUGCGACUGGGGCGCACGGCCGACGCCUGCGAGUUCAUCCUCACCGACACUCGCGUGUCCCGGAAGCAGCUGUCCCUGCAGGCUUUCCGACGCCCCGGGAGCACCGAGAUUCGCUUCAACGUCCAGAACCUCAGCCGACGCAAGCCGGGCCUACGGGUCAACGGCAUAGAGGUCGGGUAUCUGAACAUAGCCGAGCUGCCCGACAAGGCCCUGGUUCGCUUCGGACGCUACGAGCUGCUCAUCUUGCGUGAGGUGGGAGAUUGCGAGAGCCACUUUGAGGUGCUGUUCGAGUGGCGAGGGGUGCCGCCGUCGCAGGAGAUGGGGCUCGGGGCGGCCGAUAGAGUGGCCGUGAUGGAGUCGGGAGUUGCUGCCCUGGCACUUUCUCCUCCUGCGACACCAGGUGGAGAUGAUCCGUCCACGCUGCGGGUGAUGGACGUUCCUCGUUCCAACAAUUUACCGUCGGAAUCGGACGAGAAUGAAUCGGACGAGAAUUUCUUAACCUGCACUGGUCAUACGAAGAAUUGAAAUUACGUUUCUUACUUUCCCAUGCAGACAUAGACAUGCUGUACAUACUUCAGGUAUAGAAAAAGAAAUACACAACAAGACAUACAGACAUUGAAGGCCAAGCUUGAAAUAUAGACAACAUGAUAGAAUAAAUAGCCUAGAUGUGUUGUGCAGUGGUGCUAGCCUGGUGUGUUACCAUACCCUCAUACACAUUUCAUUCAUACAGAGGGUCUAAAACUGCCCAGUUGGAAAGCGAUUAGUGGUGGGAGGUUUGAUCUCCAUUUAAAUUUGAAUUGUCUUACUCAAUCGCUAACUUUUGGUCAGGAUAUUGAAAAACGAGUACCCAGUCCUUGUGGGAGGGGUGAACUAUGUUGAAGUUAGAAAGCAUCUCCUUUAAAGUGCCUCCCUUGUUCCGCCGCCCCUCAUACUUGUAUGUUCAGCUUGUUGCCUGGUAACAAGACCACCCCCCCCCCACCCCCAAGAA